AUAAAUUAUAUGUGGAAAAUUAAAGCUUGCUAGGUGGGUAAAUGGGUUGGUAUGAAGUUGGUAACGGAGACAAGCAUGCAGCGUAGGAAAGGGUGGGUCGAACAACCCAUCCUCUUAGGAAAGUAGGGGUGGUCCAGCAAGCAGAUUCCUGGGCUGAUCGAUGAAACGACCGGCGCAUUGGAUUUUCCGAGAGUCGCGCGCGCACAUUCCCAUCGUUUCCACGGCGUAGCUAACGUCCCUUCCACGAUACUCGGUUAGUCACGAUCCUUGCAUCGUGGUGUGAUUCACCCUUCGGUCUGGGUACUACCUGUCGACGAAAAUCAUGCAAGUGUGUCACUAGGCCGAGAGAAACUGACACGUGAUCUUUAUACUUUGUGCGCCAGGUUCAUCCGGUGUACCUAUCGUCCUGUCCUAUCAUAAGACAUUAAUGUUUUCCCUAGUUUAUCAUUUUUCUUCGUUAUUCCCGCGAAUCCUUUUUAAUUAGUUUUAGCGUAAACACAUUUCGCGAGCUAACUAGCACAAAUUUUCACGCGAGAAGAUUAUUUAUGAUUGGUUAAUCUACAACAUGUUCAUCUUCUAUUUUUCGUAUUAAUUUUAGGUUUACAUUAUAAUAAAAAUAUGGAAAGACGCCGAUCCGUCAAUGGCAUACUCAACGAACACACAUUACCCAUUCCCGUUCAGAUUUUCCUCUGGCGACAAUUGAGGCCUUUCAUACGAAUGAAACUUGGGAAAGUACAUGAAGCAUCUUGCACGCAUUGCCAACACGUGCCAGGUCAUCACGAGAUGAAAGAAGCAUGCACGUCUUUAGAGAAAGUGUUGGUCCAAAAUCUUCACAAUGAUCUGCCGCCAUCGUUGAGCACGAUAUUGGGCGCGGUGCCACGUUGGCGUUUGAUUCAAGCCGCUUUACCUUACGUUCUUCACGCGACAGCCAACCUUUUGCACAAUAGGAAGGAUCUUCAAAGUCUUGGUGCAAUGGAAACAACUCUUCUUUAUAUUCUUCAUUGGAUUCUUCUUGAUUCGGCUGAGGAGUGUAUCGAAGCUGAAUCAGAUUCUGGAAAUCCUUUUCAAUAUUUAUUUUCGAUACCAACUAUGACGCUAUUCGUAUAUCUUUUUGCUCCACUUUGUAAUUAUUUAAAAGACAUUGAUUUCAAGACAAAUCUGAGAUUGGAAAAUGGAUCGAAGAUAUGGACUGCCUUGUACGAAUGUCGGCACCCUAAUACAGCUUGCUUCACCACUCAUUGUCGUGUAAAACCUCGUGUAUUGUGGAGUCGAUCUUUCAAGUUCGUGCAACAUCAUCAAUUGCCAGACGAAGUUUUUGUCGGUGGAAACAACGAAAGUCCAUCUAGUCAAUCAGUGGGUCCUACGAUGACCGAUCAAAAUAUUCCUCCGAAUGUUUCACAGACUGUAACGAAACAAGACGAGGAAAGUACUUGGGUAUCAUCGCCAAAAGAUACUGCGUUUCCAGAAACGAUACCCGAAGAAAGUUCAGGUGGCGAAGAUGAACACGUGGUUAUAUUUAGAUUAUCAUCACUAGGUGAAUCCGAUAGAGGUAUCGACGGAGUAAAAGAAGUGUCAACCAUAUUCGCACAUAUUUCACGUUGCCAUGGGUAGAAGUACCGGUUCCUCUAAGCCAACGCUUACAAUAGA